AGCGGCGCAGCAAGAACUCGAAGCAGAUAAUUCCGUGAUGGACCAGUUGAAAAACAUAACAGCGCAGGACGUGCUGGCCGAUACAGGGGGCGCGAAGCAGAGCACGAGGCAGCUGCUGCCUCUGGAGUCGGCCACGCAGGGUCGCUAAGGUCAUAGUUGGGCCACGCCGUGGUCACCGCUCGGAGCGAAGUCGGAGCGGCAGCGCAGGAUAUGGCGGUGCGACACGGCGAAGUGGUGGCGCAGAUGACUUACGCCCUGGGAUGCCGCCUAUCCAGCCCGCCCAUGCGGAGUUAGACGGACCGCUGGGGGGGUCUGCGCCCUGUGGCCGCUCUCCGCCCUCAGGGCAUUCGAGCCCAGGCUGGAGGCUGGAGGGGAAGGAGGAGGCGGAGGAGGGCGAGGCCCAACGCAUCUCGCUGAGCAGCGUCAGAGCUCGUUGGCACUGCUGGCCCGCCUCGCACAAGCUGGUGCUCGCGCUGCAGGUGAUGACGUUCUGCGUCGACCUCGCUAAGCGUUGUAGCUGACGACGGCGGGCUCCAACUUCGCCUCCCACGUCUCCCCGAGCGCUGCCGCUCAUCGCCUUGCCCACAUGCGCUGACCCAGCGCUGGGGAUGACGUCAGGCUUCAAUGUCUCCUCCCACAUCUCGCUGAGCAGCGCCGAAGCCUGCUGAUAGUGCUAGCUCUUCCCGCACUCGCUGAUCCAGGCGACGUGGCAGAUUAUUCCUGCUCAGUAUUUACCUGCGCAUCGCAAUGGUGAUCGCGUCACUGAAGCUAGCAACGUUGGACUCAAGAUUCGCAUCCCAAGUCUCUGUGAGCAGCCAAAUCACAUGUUGUCCUUGCCCACCUCUGUCGCAAGCCAAGAUCCCAGCUUUACGGCUGAUGAGGUUGGGCACCAGCUUCGCCUCCCACAUGUCGCUGAGCAGUGAUAGAGCCCGCUGCCACUGCCUGCCUUUCUCGCACGCGCUGAUCCCAGCGUUCUUCACCUCCCACAUCUCGCUCAGCAGCGCCAGCGCCCGCUGCCACUGCUCGCCCUUCUCGCACGCGCUGAUCCCGGCAUUGUAGCUAGAUGACGUUGGGCCACAGUUUCACCUCACACAUCUCGCUCAGCAGCGCCAGUGCCCGCUGCCAUUGCUCGCCUUUCUCGCACGCGCUGAUCCCAGCGCUGUAGCUAGAUGUCGCUGGGCUCCAGUCUCACCUCCCACAUGUCACUCAGCAGCGCCAGCGCUGGCUGCCAGUGCCCGCCCUUCUCGCACGCGCUGAUCCCAGCGCUGCAGCUGAUGACGUUGGGCUCCAGCAUCGUCUCACGCAUCUCGCUCAGCAGCGCAAGCGCCCGCUGCCACUGCUUGCCCUUCUCGCACGCGCUGAUCCCAGCAUUGUAGCUAGAUGACGUUGGGCUCCAGCUUCGCCUCCCACAUCUCGCUCAGCAGCGCCAGAGCCCGCUGCCACUGCUCGCCCUUCCCGCACGCGCUGACUCCAGCGUUAUAGCUAUGACGUCGGGCACCAGCUUCACCGCACACAUCUCGCUGAGCAGCACCAAAGCCCGCUGCCACUGCUCG